AUGGCAAGGUUAGACUUUGGCGUUGGUGGAGUAAUCCCACUACACUCGCAUCGUACAUCAGAAGUUCUUCUUUUGGCCAAAGGCUCCAUCAUUGCAGGAUUUAUUGAUGCAAACAACACUGCAUUCUAUAAAAGAUUACAAGUUGGUGAUGUCAUGGUCUUUCCACAAGCAAUGCUUCACUUCCAAAUCAAUGUUGGUAGAUCCCCGGCUACUGCAUUUGUGAGUUUGAAUGGUGCGAACCCAGCAUUGCAACUCACUACUCCCUCAUUGUGUGCUGGUAAUUUACCUGCUAAUAUAGCUGAGCAAAUCACACUUUUGAGUCACGAGGAAGUAAUGCGGAUGAAAAGAAUGUUCGGUACAGCAUAA